UCGCUCGCAACAUCAGACGCACACAGACGGGAAGCGAGCAGCGGGAUUUGGUACAACAAAUUUACACUCGCCCGAGAUCGGACCGUGCUACCGCGGAAAGCUACCGUCGGUGUGAGUUUUUAUUGUGGCAGUAAAUAAAACCUCCUCGCUUGGUUAUGUUUUUACGGCUAUGACGAGGUAUGUGAUUGUGAAUGUGAGUGAAUGCAUAGAAAAAGGAAGGAAGCAUGUGUGUUUGGGAAAAUGUCGAGUGUUUAGCAGCAAACCAUCUUAAAUGCAGCCCAAAUAUGCUGCCGUACUACGCGUGUGAUGUGAGUUUUUCUUCGAAUAUAGCAGGAAAGGUGAAAGGCGGCUCUAGUUAGUGUGGUGGUAGUGGUGGUGUUUUGUGCAUCGAUAAAGAGAACCAUCGCAGUACACCCUGAAGGGCCUGAAGGUAGAGCCAAGGGAAACGGAGAAGCAAGAAGAAAAAGGCUCUUCUACAAAGGCGCAGUAGGCCAGCAGUGAACGACCGGAGGGAGGUGUUUUGUUUUUAUUCUUCCUCUUGUUGCUGUGCUCAGUGUGUGAUUGAAGAACGCGGUUUAGUGGUGAAUCUUCCAUCAAAUCCGUUGUGCAAACGGAGGGACCCCCUUGUUGAAUGUCUUAUGGCGGCGUCGGGAGGCAACAUGGAAACGGACGAGCUUUCCGAUACGAUGAACGAUUUUCUUCCACUGCUGCCGGAAAACAUCAAACAGGAGCUGUUUGAUGCAACCGAAAAGGGCAACCUGUGUGACAGUGUGGAAAAUAAGAUUGAUGAGGCGGAAACGGCAAAUGAACCGCCGGCACCGACGAAAUGUGUCUGGUGCCAGCAGACGCUCACACCGAACGACCAUCCGAAGCUGCUGGAAUGUCUGCACAAUGCGUGCCACGCGUGCGUGAAGCAGAAGAUCACGGAGCUGUCGCACAACUCGCCGCUCGUCUGCCCGGUGUGCAAGAUGGAGAGCCGGCUCGAGUACAUCAUCGACAACGUGUUUCUGAGCGAAACGUCCGCGGCGAGCGGCGAGGACAACCCGGGCAGCGUGGAGUCGACCAAGGAUCAGAUCAAGUGUAGCAGUUGCAGCGACGACGCGAACGCCACCUCGUGGUGUGUGGAGUGUGCGGAGUUCAUCUGCGAUAGCUGCGUGCAGGCCCACCAGCGGCUGAAGAUCACGAAGGAGCACACGAUCAAGCCGAAGGAGGCGGCAAACAGUGAGCCGGCGGGCACUAACGGGCUGGCCGGGAAGAACAUCAUGUGUCACAUGCAUCCGCAGGAAAAACUGUCCCUCUACUGUGAGACGUGCGAUCGGUUGACCUGUCGCGACUGUCAGCUGCUCGACCAUCGGGAUCACAAGUACAAGUUUGCCAACGAAAUUGCCAGCGAAACGCGCAGCAGCCUUAGCGGGCUGCUGAGCGAGAUCAGCUACAAGAAGGUGCUGCUGUCGAGCGCCAUGAAGGUGAUCGACGAUCGGCAGGCGCAGAUCACAGAGAAGAAGAAAGAACUGUCCAAAGAGAUCGCCGAUCUGGUGGUGAAGCUGACGAAUGCAGUCAACGCUCGCGGCAAGCAGUUGGUGUAUCGGCUAAAUCAGGUCUGCGACAACAAGCUUCAAGUAUUGAACGAGAAGAAGGAAGCGCUACAGUUACUCUCCGGACACACGGACCACUGUAUCGAGUUUGUGCAGACCGCGCUAGACAAGGGCAGCGACAGUGCCGUGCUGUACAGCAAGAAAACGCUUGCCCGGCACCUGCAGAAGGUGAAAAGUCAACGGGCCGACAUACCGAACCCGGAGAUACCGGUGCGCGUCCAGCUGUACGCUUCCAAUGUAGCCGAGCUACAGUCCAUGGUCUCCCGCAUCGGUACAAUACUCGUCGAUGGCAAGGUAUACCCACAGUCUCCCAGCUCUAACAAUGUUCCGCCAGGGCCACCAGUUCCCGGCCCGGGGCCUGGUCCGUCACCGCAAAACAGAAGCAAACAGCCAAGCCCCAACAUUACGCCUCCGUUGCGACCGGGCAUGCCCGGUCCGGGUAUGACGACCCUUUCCUCCAACGGUCCUGGCGGUCCUGGCGGUCCUGGUGGUGGUGGACCAGGAGGUGGAGGAGGCGGUAGUGGCGGAGGUGGCGGUCUGGGAGGAAACUUCUCACAGGUACCGCCUAUGUACAAUGGCAACGGUGGCGUACCGGUGGGGGCUCCCUUCCCGCCCAACCAUCCGAUGAGCAGAUCAUUCCCGCAGGAAAAUGGCCCCGGUCCCGGUCCCGGCUAUGGACGGUUCGGUCAAAUGGGACCGCCGAUGGGUAUGCCAACUCAGCAGCACGUUAGCUCCUCUACACAUCCACAGAAUAUGGAUAUUAGUUUGCGUAAUUUGUUGAACCAAAAGUCGAGUGGCCCUCCACUCCCAUCGGGCGGAGGGGGAGGAGGAGGAGCCGGUCUCGCGGUUGGCAGCGGGUCCCAUCUAGGCGUUGGCCAUCCCUGCGGUGGGCCUGGCGGUGGUGGUGGUAGUGGUAGUGGUAGUAGUAGUGGUGGUGGUGGAAGUGGCAAUGCUGGGGGACCGCACUCAGGCAGCAAUGCUGGCAAUAACGCUAUGGCUAAUAAUCAAUUUACUGGCACAGCAAACUUCAUGGGCAGCGGUGUGUCACCGGGCGGAUCGGGCGGUGGACCACCGUCCCAUCGGCUGUCCGGUCAGAUGGGCGGUCCGGGCAACUUUUUGGGCGGCCCGGGCGGUGCGCCGCAUCAAAACUUCAACCAAGGACCGCCCGGCGUACCGCCCAGCAGCGGCGGAAUGGGCAUGGGAGGGAACGGAUCGGCUGCGGCGGCUGCUGCCGUGGCUGCGGCACGGUUCCAAUCGUUUCCCCGAUUUGCGAUGCCCUCCUCGAUGCGGCACAUAAUGGGUAAUCAGAACUCAUCCACCUUACUGACACCAAAGCAACAGUCGUUACGCUACCCGGGACAGCAGCCUCAGCCGGGAUAUGGUCCGAACUCGCCGCAACCACCUCAGCUUCCGCCGCAGCUUUCCGGUGCACCCGUGCCCGGGCCCGGUAUCGGCGGACCGGGUAGUGGAGGCGGCAGUGGUGGUGGGGGCAGCGGUGGUGGUAGCAGUGGAGGCGCCAAAUGGCACAUUCCACAAAACAUGCAAGCCCAACAGAACAACGGGUUUUGUGGCCCCUCAGGAUUACACCUAUUUGGGAAUGGGCCAAACGAGUCGUUCAAAAUUCCUCUAAAAUCUCCAGACACGAUGCGCAAUGCAAUGCUUCUGAAUGGUGGCGGAUCGUCCGGAGGCUCCCUGUCGCACGGUGCACAUGGUGGAAGCGGCGGUGGUGGAGGUGGACACCAUCAUCAUCACCAUCAUCAUCAUAGUCAACAACAGCAGCAGCAACAGCAGCAUCAGCAGCAACAGCAACAGCAGCAACAGCAACAGCAGCAACAACAACACCAACAACAACAGCAGCAACAACAGCAGCAACAGCAGCAGCAACAGCAACAUCAUCAACAGCAGCAGCAGCAACUGCAGCAACAGCAGCAGCUACAUAGCCAACAGCAGUUGCAGAAUCAUCUGCAACAGCUCCAGAAUGCUCUUCCAAAUGUGUCCUCCACAAACCCGAAAACGCCAAGUCCGAGCACAAAUGAGCCGGCGAAGGAUUUUGCCGAAUCAAUUGACAAGGCAUGCGAGGACUCGGUGAACGAUCUGAUGGCGACGAUUGCGAAGCUAGAUUCGAACGGGGUGCAGGUACUGCCGGAAGGACACCGUGGCAAAACGACAUCCCCGCAGGUGCACAGCUCAACCGAUCUGCACACCAGCAGCGGCACGGUAGUGAGUGGCUCGAGCUCUGGGGCCAGUUCUGCCGGCGGUACGAGCAACACCACCACGAUCGUGCUGGACGAUAAAAACUUGCCGAAGGAGCUGGAUCCGAACGAGGACUGGUGCGCGGUGUGCAUGGACGGCGGUGAGCUGAUGUGCUGUGAUAAGUGCCCCAAGGUCUUCCACCAAACUUGCCACAUACCGGUAAUCGAUUCGCUGCCGGACGAGAGCGAAACCUGGCAAUGCUUGCUGUGCUACAACUUUGCCGAUCUACCGCCGGAACCUACUGGAGAGAAACGCAACGUUGGCAUAACGCCAUUGGAGCUGAAGAUUUUGCAGCGAAUUGUGCUGGAAUUGUUCUGCCAGUAUGAAACCAGCAUGCCCUUCCGUCUUCUCGAGCCGGACACAAACAAAGCAUAUUAUGAUAUUGUACGAAAUCCAAUUUCGUUAACGAUGAUUCGUGAAAAGCUAGAAAUGAGCAAUAAUGACCAUUACACAGACAUUGUUUCGUUUAUCGCUGAUGUGAAGCGAUUGUUCGAUAAUGUGUACCUCUACUAUCAGGAGGACAGCAUGACGUACAAGAAUGCCCGCAAGUUGGAGAAGUUCUUCGAGCAGCAGCUCUCAAAGUGGUUACCAAAGUACCUCGAGGUCGAUUGCUUCGCCGAGGACUACCUACCGAAUGCAUCGAAACGGCAGAAGAACCACCAAGAUGACUAACAGUCACUGCAACACGUAGCGGGCGCAGUGAUGAAACCGCCAAGGACACUCUCCGACCUACCGGAGGUUUGUCCAGACAUACAGCAGCAGCAGCAGCAGCAGCACCUCUGCGAUUUACAGCCGGAAGAUCUUUCUCUUCACUCCAGCGCUGCUCAUGGCCGGGUGGAGAAUGGUGGAGAGACGUGCCCGAACGAUGAUACCGCCCCCUCACCCGAGCAAGCUCGUACAACAAAACUCAGCCAAGAGAUGGAGAACGAGCUGUGGAAUGCGGCAAAAUCGCUGGUGGAGGAAGAUGAAGCACUGCAGUGUGCAAUAGAUGCCGAUGUCGCUAAAGCAGAGGGCAACCAGUCGGAUGAACCACCUGACGGGAGGCCUAGUGCACGGGAGAGCGAAACGCCAGCGACGACAGCGGGAGGGAUUGCUAACGCAUUGGGAUCUGCUGCUAAUGUUGCCUCCCUCGCCGCCGAAACGAAGGCGGCAGCCGCAGAAACGACGGAAUCAUCAUCAGAGGCAAUAGGGGGGGAAAUGGAUGAAGCGACGGCAUCACCGAAUGGCACGACGACUACUAUUACUGCUACUACCACUACUACUACUGCUGUCCUUACGGAAAACGAUCCGUAAUGCAGUGAGAGCGCAAUUGUCGGAUUUUAAAUCCAUUAGGUUAGUGGAUCCACUUCAAUGUACAUAUAACAUUUGUAUUCGCUGAAUACGCAUUCACACAUCCACAUAUACAUCCAAACACACACACAAUCGUAACAGAGGGAGGGAGAAUAUCUUUGGCUGACAAAAAUGACGGUGAUAUUGAUAGUGGAUACAAUCGUGCAUGACAAAUUGAUCAUAAUAUUGUUUAAGUGUACAGAAUGGAAGGAGAUUAAUGCGCUCCAAAGCGAUUAAGAUAGCUUUUGACGGCAGAUGAUAGCUCAGUAGCAUGGUUUUUUUUAAAAUUAGUUUUGUUUUGUAAUUGUUUUGGAAACGCAUUGUGGUAACCAAGCGGAAAGCUGUGGUUAAAAGUUCUGGAUCGAAAUGAUCGCUCAACUGGGUAGCGUUAGCAGACAAAACUGUUUAUUAUUUAUUAAUAUUUACUUCCAAAGUCGAACGAUUUUCGCUGCUUUAUAGUCUAUGGUAUGGUGAGCGCAUAGUCAAACCAAAAUUGGUUUUUAAAUUGCCAGCGACCCUUGGUUAAGUUAUUCGAUUGUACAAGUAAAUUGUAGCAAGACGAAGAUGAAGGGGAUACAGCAGCCGUUGUACUGUACGCCGUGUGUAUGUGAAUUGAUGAUUUAUUUAGUGUACCACACAUUGAUUGGACCGUUGGAUGAAUUAAUGCAAAUAGUUUUAGAAUUUAAUUUCAUAAGGUUUACAUCUCAACGUUGUUUUUAGAGUGUAAAUUGUGUGUAUUCUCUUACUCUCAAGUCUGGUUUCUGAACGCGUCCAUGCAUGAACAAUUGGAAUUACAAUGACGUAGCAAGAAAUACGAUAGACGUGUAGGUCUAAAGUCUCAUGAAUUAGCUGCUAGCGUGUUUGUAACAGUACCCAAUCAUCAUCUGCAUCACCAUGGUGAGAUAUAGAGGCAGGAAAUUGAUGUUAAUUCUUGCGUAGAAUGUAUGUUACCCUGUUUCUGCCAACCCAAAGUUUGGUAGGCAUGUUUCUGCUUAAUCGCAAACAAAUUAUUUCACCUUAGCCGAGAGGUACAGGUUCUUUCCACAUUUCAUCAUUAGUCACGUCCGAGUGCAAAACGUAUACGAACGAUACAGGAUAAACCGAUGUUCAAAAAGGGUAACAGGCCCAAAUCUGGGGUCGAUCGCGAGGGACAUAAGUUUGAUGAGCAAAAGGCAAAAGUUAGCACUGUAAGCAGGAACGAUAGAUUAGGGGGUAAUACAUUGAAACAGGUAGGAGGGCGUGUGUUCAUAUGUACCUCUCUAUCCAUUCUAACCACAUACUUCCAUUCAUACAUAGCGUAUUAGCGUACGAUCACGUGUUGUAGGUUCCAGGUAUGGAAUAAGCAAACAUUGAACUUUCUCAAUGAUCUUAAGACAUGCAUUAUGCUACUUGAUGCAAGUAACUCGAACAAACGGUAGAACUUACAGUAAGAUAAUAUGCAUCGUAAACGGCACUGGAAUGGUUAGAUUAUAAUUACUGCAAAGAAAAAGAAAGCAAAAAUCAGUGAAAUUGUAAAAUCGUA